AGAAUGUUUAAACACUGUGCUUUAUUGGUGCUGUUGGUGCAGCUGAUCGAUCAGUCAGCCGCCGUGGUACGGUUCGAGAAUCUCAAGUACGAGCUAAACAAGGACUACAUGCACGGUAACUUGUUCGUCAAGAGUCAGAAUGACAAGUACUCCUUCGGUGCAGACGUUGAGCUGGCAAAGAAAAUCGAGGGCAGCGUCAUCAUUACUCCGCAUCUGCAGCAUUUGAUCAAGGGCGAAUACCACACGAUGGUAAACAUCGAUCUGGACACCUGUAAAGUUGAUCCGGUAAUGUCGGAAAAUCCGAUCGUACGCACAAUUGCGAAAGAAUCGACCAAGUUCAUCAAUUUCUCGCUCAUGUGCCCAUACAAUCCGGGACGGUAUUUGUUGAACGACUUUACGCUCGAUUCGGAAAGCCCACUGCUGAAGCUGAUCCCGAACGGCAAGUACAAGAUGCAGCUGAAGGCUACCCAUUACCCGACACCAGACUCAACACCGACCGUGUUGUUUGAGUAUUCGAUUGAUUUCGAGCUGUUCGCUGCCGCCAGUUAA